GCAGUUCAGUGAGAAAACAGUCAUGCCCAAAACAACAACAAAAACUUUUUGAAAUGAGAUAAAAAAUGACUAAGUCAUGACAUAACCUUAAAUUUUAACUGGAAAAAUAUAAGUUUUGGCUCAAACACAAGUAAAAAAAUUGGCAAAAUGUUUGUGUUAUAGUUCUGGGGUAAUGUUAGAUGACGUUUGUUGUUUGUGUACACCGGUGUGUCACAGAUGUGGACGUGUGAUUGCAUAUUUAUUAUUCAUUUUGGGUGAUAGGCAGGUGUUAUAUUUCAAUUUUGUCUGUCCCAUAGCUGAUAUCAAAUUUGCGAAAGAUGAUUGAGCUUCCUGCAUGGAUCCCUACUCAUAUGGAUUACGAGGGACAGAAAUGGGCAGAGAGACUGUUUCAAGUCAUCAUAGUUCUGUUUGGAGUUGUGGGCCUUGUCUGGGGAUACUCCAUCCAGCAGUUCUCACAAACUGUCUACAUACUGGGCGCUGGUGUGGCUCUAGCAUGCUUGCUGACGCUACCUCCGUGGCCCAUGUACCGGCGCCACCCGCUCAACUGGCAGAAGCCCAGAUCCGCCUAGAGCGCAGACGCUUCCAAGGCCAAAAAGAAGAAAUGGGGCGGUGAACGCUGCCGGGAUCGGGCGUAUAUUGUUUUCAUCAUUCUGUGGUACGGGGACCGAGGGGCCUGGGUGUGGUUUUUGGUGUAGCUCACCGUGAUGAGCGUACAGUCAGGCACGGAAGUGUGGCCGUUAGGCGGGUUUCAUUUGUUCUCACAAAGCUGAAAUCUUAUUACGCGUCGCGUCGAUGUGGUGGUAAUAAAACAUGAUUUGUAAAA